AUAAAAGCAAUGCCCAAAGCAAAAGGAAACAGCACUGCAAAAGCAGCCAAGAAAGGCUCAUCUGGCAGCGAAGCAGCAGCCUCUAAACCUUCAGGAGGAGGAAAUUCUGUCAAGGUGCGUCACGUUUUGUGCGAAAAGCAUUCAAAAGCGAUGGAGGCGAUGGAAAAGCUUCGUAGCGGUUCCAAGUUUGACGAAGUGGCAGCUCAGUAUAGUGAAGACAAAGCGAGGCGAGGAGGUGACUUGGGAUGGAUGGUGCGAGGAUCGAUGGUUGGCCCAUUUCAAGACGCCGCUUUCGCCCUCCAACCAAGCACGCCGGCAAAGCCCAUAUACACAGAUCCUCCAGUAAAAACUAAAUUUGGAUAUCACAUUAUCAUGAUAGAAGGAAAGAAAUGAUAACAUUUAGA